AUGAGUGGCGUCGAAAGUGAGGGAAACGGGGCAGAUGAGACGUGCGUAAUUGUGGCUGAAAGCUCUGUGGACAUGGAGGAGGAACUCCAGGCUCGUGGGUCCCAAAGUGAGGGUUUCGAGCCGAGUCCAAGCUCAAGAGCCGCACAGAAAAAUGUGCGAGGGAGGGAGACGGACGGGGCUCUGAGAGCGCGUGCUACGCCGGAGACCCCCGAAGCCCCUUCAGCCCUUGCAGAGGGUAUUGAGUUUCUGCCACCGCGAAAAAAAGCGGCAAAGACAGGCAGCAGAGCGCAGCCGGUGGGGCCGGGAAGGGAAAACCUCGGCCCGUGUGAAAAGCUGAAGCCCACAUCAUCUCUGACAGAAUCGGAAUCGGAUUUAGAUGGUAAAGUGGUGGAAAUUAGGAAGAAAAAAAAGGACAGGAAAAAACAUGGAGAAGGAAAAUUGACUGACCUAGAUUGAGUCCAAAUUUCGACUUCUCAGAUUAAUAGGAAUGAUUUAUAGACCACUCUUCUCCUUUCUUAUAAUGUUCACAGCUAUCUCCCUCAACAUUAAUGGUCUCUGCUCCUCACAUAAAAUGGUCUCUUUUUUCAACUCAACUCAACAAGACAUUAUUUGUCUACAGGAAACCGGCUGGUCACCUCAAACCCUUCUUCAAAUACAAAAACUUUACUGUGGGAAGAUCUUUGUGGGGUUUGGGGUGGGGAAAGCAGGGGGGUAGCUGUUAUGAUAAAUAAUAACUUACUAGAACAUAGUAAAGAGAUUUAUAAAGACAAAAGAGGUAAAAUUUUAAUUAUAGAUAUCUUGUAUAGAAAUAAAACAUAUAGAAUUAUAAACUUUCAUGGUGAAAACAACGAAAGGGAGAGAUUAUUUCAACUCAAAGAAAUAGUAAAAUGGAUAAAUGAUAAUACAAUAAUAGUAGGGGAUUUCAACAUAGUGCUGAACAAAAUAGACUUAUCAUCAAACAAUAAAUUCAGAAAUGACACAAGCAGAACACAAUUACUGAAAAUAAUGCAAGAGCACAACCUGGUGGAUUUAUGGAGAAUUAACAAUACAAAUAGCACCCACUUCUCCAGAAAACAGACAGUACUAGGAAAACUAAAACAAUCAAGGAUUGAUCUUUUACUAGCUGCAAAAAACACUAUUCAAGAAAUUAACAAUAUACAGUAUAAACCUAAUGUAUGGAGUGAUCACGAUAUUUUACAAUGGGAACAAGGCAUAGAUAAUAAAACUAGAGGAGCUGGCAUAUGGUGUCUAAACUCCAGCAUCCUAAAUGACAAAGCUUUAAUAUAUAAAAUAAAAAAUUUAUUGGAAAACAUCAAAGCUGAAACAGUUGAAAAAGAGAACAUAACCGAUUCAUGGGAUGACAUAAAAAACAGAAUAAAAAAAACCUGCAUAAACUACAGCAAGAGGAAAAAAUGGUUUGAAACCAGAGAAGAAAUAAAAUUAAAAAAAUUUUUAGCAGAUGAUAUAUACUGCUAAAAACUGACAUACACAGAUCAUGUGAGCAAUAUGAAAUUUACAAAGAACAAUUAAGAAACAUAGAAAUAAAGAAGUGCAAAGGGGCAAUCAUUAGAAGCAAAGUGAAAUAUACAACAGAAGGUGAAAAAUGCACUUCUUUUUUUCUCGGCUUGGAAAAAAAGAAACAGAACAAAUCAUACAUCAAUCAACUAACAGACAAUAAAGGACAAACGCUGUUUGAAACUGAUGAAAUCUUAGACCAUACAUAUCAAUUUUACAAACAGCUUUUCUCCAAACAGAAGGACUUAAAAGAAAAAGAAAUACCGGAAUAUAUAAAAUGUAUAAAUAAAAAACUUGAAAGACAAGAUAAAGACUGGUGUGAUUCAGAAAUUACUGAAGAAGAAAUAAAAAACGCCAUACAGGCGCUAAACAAAAAUAAAAGUCCAGGUUCAGAUGGACUGACUGCAGAGUUCUAUGUGAAGUUCCAAGAGGAGCUUACACCGCUCCUGAAUAAACUUUACAGAGAUAUGUUGGAUAACAAAAGAGUGCCUGCAACGCUAACCGAAGGAAUAAUCUCGCUAAUUUUCAAAAAAGGUGACAAUAAACUUAUCAAAAAUUACCGCCCCAUCAGUCUACUGAAUACUGAUUACAAAAUCCUAACAAAAAUUCUAGCAAAUAGACUAAAACAGGUUUCGGGUUCCAUCAUAAAUAGUACACAAUCUUACAGCAUACCAGGAAGAGACAUCAGUGAUUCCAUAUUGACCAUAAAAGAAACAAUACAUAACAUGCAGAAAGACAAAGGGUUUCUGCUCAGUAUAGAUCUUGAAAAAGCGUUUGACAGAGUUGAUCACACUUUUCUUUUCAAUAUUCUACAGGCUUUUGGUUUCGGUUCAAAAUUCAUCAACUGGAUAAAACUUCUUUACAAUAAUGCAAAAAGCUGUAUUAAGGUCAAUGGUUUCCUCACAGAAUUUUUCACAAUAAACAGAUCAGUUAGACAAGGUUGCCCACUAUCAGCACUACUCUAUUCAAUAGUAGCAGAACCCUUAGCUCUUCAUAUCCUACAGGACAAAGACAUUAAAGGAAUACCAACAGGUUACAACAGAACAACAAAAAUAACCCAGUAUGCAGACGACAUAAACAUCAUGGUUUUAGACAGCCAUAGUAUCGAUAAGGUUUUGAAACACAUUCAUGAUUACGAGAAGGUAGCUGGAGCGAAAAUGAACCUGGAAAAGAGCGAGAUUAUGUUUUGUGGAUCAAAUGUUGACAGCGUAAAUAAAUGGAACUUUGCAGAAGUAAACAAACCAAAAAGAAUCCUGGGUGUUUAUGUUGGGAAAAACGAAAAUGAAGCAACAAGAACCAACUGGGAAAUAGUGAUUACCAAAACAAAAAAUAUUCUCAAUCUCUGGAAAGCCAGAGGUUUAACACUAAAAGGAAGGGUAAUUGUAACAAAUGCACUAGUACUGUCCAAAAUCAACCAUAUAAUGGGGGUCUGUGAGUUGCCGCAUUGGGCGCUAAAUUCACUCAAUAGUGUAAUAUCCUCCUUUUUGUGGAGAGGAAAGGGAAAUCUGAUCGCUCACAGAGUGCUAAUUGCUAACAAAAGGGAGGGGGGUUUAGGGCAGAUUGAUAUUGGAGCCAAAAAAGAUGCGCUCAGGGCAAAAUUAAUUAGUAAAUUUCUAGAUCCAAACAGGCACUAUCCCUGGGAGGACGCGCUGGCAAGCCAAUUGUCCAACUUCGGGCUGAGGGACGUACGCAAUCUGUGUAUACUUCACCCGGAGAAGGUAGUUGGUGAGCUUAAGCCGUUCUACCGGGAGAUUGUUGAGGCAUGGGGCAAAUUGCUGCCCCACCUCAUGCCGAUAUGCAGGAAUAAAGAGGAUGUGUUUCGAUUACCCUUCCUUAAAAACCCUUGUUUUUUGCAUAAGGGGAAAACAAUAACGAGUUCACACCUGAUGGAGGCUGGUCUGUUGUGGAUCAGAGAUAUAAUGAAUGAUGACUUUAGCGUCAAACUAGAUUUUAUUUUUGGUGUGCUAAAAAACAAAAAUAUUAAUUUCAGAAAAUGCAGCAUAAGGUCAAUUACGGAAAAAAUAAAAAAUACAGUAACUCUGUUUUGGGAAAGAAUAAUGCAGACAAAAGACAUCUCGAUGCAGAACGAUGACUUGAAUUUCCUCCUGUGCCAAAACAAUAACCCGGUCCCAGUGCAAGAGAUUAAAACAAAAGCAUGGUACAAACUCCUCAUAGCCGAAAUCAAAAGAACUCCAACUACCGAAAAGAUCUGGGCUCAAAUCUUUCCGGGUUUUAACACCAAAUCAAUAUGGACCAGUGGGGGAGGUCUCUUCACUCCCCCAACGCUACAACAUCUAGAUUUCAAAAUUAAGCACAGGAGGAUUUUCACAGGCAUCGUUCUGCAUCAAAUCAACAAGGGAAAAUACGAAAGAAAAUGUAAAAAAUGCAAUGAACAGGAUGAAGAUUUGGAGCACCUCUUCUUGGAUUGUAGUCUUGUAAGAGCCUUCUACUCCACAAUACGGCGGACAAUACAGAGCGCCUGCAAUUUCCACUGUGGAAGUGACACGGAAUGGACUUUGCUUUUUCUAUUCGGACUAAAAAAGAAUUCUGCACAUCAGCAUACUCACAUUAUCAACACCAUCCUCAGCUACACAAGAUUUUCAGUCUGGACUGUCAGGAACUAUGCUUUAUACGAAAACCGGACUCUGUCACUGCUUCCUUUUUUCAAAACCCUAUUUCUGAACCAUCUGAAAAACUGCUUCUUCGCCAUCCCGGACACUUUCAAUCAGCUUUUGAACACUGGACACACUCUUUUUACAGUACAUCAAAACAAUAUCACACUUAAUUUAUGAAGAUUUUUUUUAAUUUGCAGAUUGUUUGGGUUCUUAUAAUUUAUGUUGUUUCUUUUUUCCAAAGGUUUUUUCUAUUAUGUUGUUUAUUUUAUUUUUAUUGUUGACUGUGACUGUGAUUUGUAAAGAUGGAAUUUUGUGAAUAUAUUUUUGAUAAUAAAAGAUAAAAAAAAAAAAAAAAACACGCCCGAUCUCGUCCGAUCUCGGAAGCUAAGCAGGGUCGGGCCUGGUUAGUACUUGGAUGGGAGACCGCCUGGGAAUACCAGGUGCUGUAAGCUUUUCUUUUCUUGUAUCUUGUGCCGUGUUCUCUCUCCAAGAGGCUAGGAUAUGGGUCUUUGGGGAGCCUGGUCUUUAGCUUGGACCAAUGCAAAUACACUUGGAGAUGAGCCUUCAAGAUAAAUGAAAGAAAGAGUCAAAAAAGCACAAAGAGCGGGAGGACUGAGAUCUUGUCAUGAAGCGGAGCAAAGGAGUGGAGCAUGAUGGACUGCAGAGAUAGGCUGUAAAACUAAGCUUGACUGCGUAUCCGGGUGUUUUCUUGAGCGACGCAUUGUUCAUUGAAAGUGAAAUGCUGAUUCUAAUUGAGAGAACCACACAGGAGCACGUUCAAAUAGCUCAUUUGGAGCCUGUGUCAUCGCUUACGGCCAUACCACCCUGAACACGCCCGAUCUCGUCCGAUCUCGGAAGCUAAGCAGGGUCGGGCCUGGUUAGUACUUGGAUGGGAGACCGCCUGGGAAUACCAGGUGCUGUAAGCUUUUCUUUUCUUGUAUCUUGUGCCGUGUUCUCUCUCCAAGAGGCUAGGAUAUGGGUCUUUGGGGAGCCUGGUCUUUAGCUUGGACCAAUGCAAAUACACUUGGAGAUGAGCCUUCAAGAUAAAUGAAAGAAAGAGUCAAAAAAGCACAAAGAGCGGGAGGACUGAGAUCUUGUCAUGAAGCGGAGCAAAGGAGUGGUGCAUGAUGGACUGCAGAGAUAGGCUGUAAAACUAAGCUUGACUGCGUAUCCGGGUGUUUUCUUGAGCGACGCAUUGUUCAUUGAAAGUGAAAUGCUGAUUAUAAUUGAGAGAACCACACAGGAGCACGUUGAAAUAGCUCAUUUGGAGCCUGUGUCAUCGCUUACGGCCAUACCACCCUGAACACGCCCGAUCUCGUCCGAUCUCGGAAGCUAAGCAGGGUCGGGCCUGGUUAGUACUUGGAUGGGAGACCGCCUGGGAAUACCAGGUGCUGUAAGCUUUUCUUUUCUUGUAUCUUGUGCCGUGUUCUCUCUCCAAGAGGUUUAGGAUAUGGGUCUUUGGGGAGCCUGGUCUUUAGCUUGGACCAAUGCAAAUACACUUGGAGAUGAGCCUUCAAGAUAAAUGAUAGAAAAAGUCAAAAAAGCACAAAGAGCGGGAGGACUGAGAUCUUGUCAUGAAGCGGAGCAAAGGAGUGGAGCAUGAUGGACUGCAGAGAUAGGCUGUAAAACUAAGCUUGACUGCGUAUCCGGGUGUUUUCUUGAGCGACGCAUUGUUCAUUGAAAGUGAAAUGCUGAUUAUAAUUGAGAGAACCACACAGGAGCACGUUGAAAUAGCUCAUUUGGAGCCUGUGUCAUCGCUUACGUCCAUACCACCCUUAACACGCCCGAUCUCGUCCGAUCUCGGAAGCUAAGCAGGGUCGGGCCUGGUUAGUACUUGGAUGGGAGACCGCCUGGGAAUACCAGGUGCUGUAAGCUUUUCUUUUCUUGUAUCUUGUGCCGUGUUCUCUCUCCAAGAGGCUAGGAUAUGGGUCUUUGGGGAGCCUGGUCUUUAGCUUGGACCAAUGCAAAUACACUUGGAGAUGAGCCUUCAAGAUAAAUGAAAGAAAGAGUCAAAAAAGCACAAAGAGCGGGAGGACUGAGAUCUUGUCAUGAAGCGGAGCAAAGGAGUGGAGCAUGAUGGACUGCAGAGAUAGGCUGUAAAACUAAGCUUGACUGCGUAUCCGGGUGUUUUCUUGAGCGACGCAUUGUUCAUUGAAAGUGAAAUGCUGAUUAUAAUUGAGAGAACCACACAGGAGCACGUUCAAAUAGCUCAUUUGGAGCCUGUGUCAUCGCUUACGGCCAUACCACCCUGAACACGCCCGAUCUCGUCCGAUCUCGGAAGCUAAGCAGGGUCGGGCCUGGUUAGUACUUGGAUGGGAGACCGCCUGGGAAUACCAGGUGCUGUAAGCUUUUCUUUUCUUGUAUCUUGUGCCGUGUUCUCUCUCCAAGAGGCUAGGAUAUGGGUCUUUGGGGAGCCUGGUCUUUAGCUUGGACCAAUGCAAAUACACUUGGAGAUGAGCCUUCAAGAUAAAUGAAAGAAAGAGUCAAAAAAGCACAAAGAGCGGGAGGACUGAGAUCUUGUCAUGAAGCGGAGCAAAGGAGUGGAGCAUGAUGGACUGCAGAGAUAGGCUGUAAAACUAAGCUUGACUGCGUAUCCGGGUGUUUUCUUGAGCGACGCAUUGUUCAUUGAAAGUGAAAUGCUGAUUAUAAUUGAGAGAACCACACAGGAGCACGUUGAAAUAGCUCAUUUGGAGCCUGUGUCAUUGCUUACGGCCAUACCACCCUGAACACGCCCGAUCUCGUCCGAUCUCGGAAGCUAAGCAGGGUCGGGCCUGGUUAGUACUUGGAUGGGAGACCGCCUGGGAAUACCAGGUGCUGUAAGCUUUUCUUUUCUUGUAUCUUGUGCCGUGUUCUCUCUCCAAGAGGCUAGGAUAUGGGUCUUUGGGGAGCCUGGUCUUUAGCUUGGACCAAUGCAAAUACACUUGGAGAUGAGCCUUCAAGAUAAAUGAAAGAAAGAGUCAAAAAAGCACAAAGAGCGGGAGGACUGAGAUCUUGUCAUGAAGCGGAGCAAAGGAGUGGAGCAUGAUGGACUGCAGAGAUAGGCUGUAAAACUAAGCUUGACUGCGUAUCCGGGUGUUUUCUUGAGCGACGCAUUGUUCAUUGAAAGUGAAAUGCUGAUUAUAAUUGAGAGAACCACACAGGAGCACGUUCAAAUAGCUCAUUUGGAGCCUGUGUCAUCGCUUACGGCCAUACCACCCUGAACACGCCCGAUCUCGUCCGAUCUCGGAAGCUAAGCAGGGUCGGGCCUGGUUAGUACUUGGAUGGGAGACCGCCUGGGAAUACCAGGUGCUGUAAGCUUUUCUUUUCUUGUAUCUUGUGCCGUGUUCUCUCUCCAAGAGGCUAGGAUAUGGGUCUUUGGGGAGCCUGGUCUUUAGCUUGGACCAAUGCAAAUACACUUGGAGAUGAGCCUUCAAGAUAAAUGAAAGAAAGAGUCAAAAAAGCACAAAGAGCGGGAGGACUGAGAUCUUGUCAUGAAGCGGAGCAAAGGAGUGGAGCAUGAUGGACUGCAGAGAUAGGCUGUAAAACUGAGCUUGACUGCGUAUCCGGGUGUUUUCUUGAGCGACGCAUUGUUCAUUGAAAGUGAAAUGCUGAUUAUAAUUGAGAGAACCACACAGGAGCACGUUCAAAUAGCUCAUUUGUAGCCUGUGUCAUCGCUUACGGCCAUACCUCCCUGAACACGCCCGAUCUCGUCCGAUCUCGGAAGCUAAGCAGGGUCGGGCCUGGUUAGUACUUGGAUGGGAGACCGCCUGGGAAUACCAGGUGCUGUAAGCUUUUCUUUUCUUGUAUCUUGUGCCGUGUUCUCUCUCCAAGAGGCUAGGAUAUGGGUCUUUGGGGAGCCUGGUCUUUAGCUUGGACCAAUGCAAAUACACUUGGAGAUGAGCCUUCAAGAUAAAUGAAAGAAAAAGUCAAAAAAGCACAAAGAGCGGGAGGACUGAGAUCUUGUCAUGAAGCGGAGCAAAGGAGUGGAGCAUGAUGGACUGCAGAGAUAGGCUGUAAAACUAAGCUUGACUGCGUAUCCGGGUGUUUUCUUGAGCGACGCAUUGUUCAUUGAAAGUGAAAUGCUGAUUCUAAUUGAGAGAACCACACAGGAGCACGUUCAAAUAGCUCAUUUGGAGCCUGUGUCAUCGCUUACGGCCAUACCACCCUGAACACGCCCGAUCUCGUCCGAUCUCGGAAGCUAAGCAAGGUUGUGCCUGGUUAGUACUUGGAUGGGAGACCGCCUGGGAAUACCAGGUGCUGUAAGCUUUUCUUUUCUUGUAUCUUGUGCCGUGUUCUCUCUCCAAGAGGCUAGGAUAUGGGUCUUUGGGGAGCCUGGUCUUUAGCUUGGACCAAUGCAAACACACUUGGAGAUGAGCCUUCAAGAUAAAUGAAAGAAAGAGUCAAAAAAGCACAAAGAGCGGGAGGACUGAGAUCUUGUCAUGAAGCGGAGCAAAGGAGUGGAGCAUGAUGGACUGCAGAGAUAGGCUGUAAAACUAAGCUUGACUGCGU